AUGGGAGGCCUCCAUAUCCACUAUCUGCUGUUCCUCUUCCUGCUAAGAGCCUCUUUGACCGUGGCCAACGAUCUGUAUUGUCAUAUGGGUAAGUUGAGGACUGUGGAAAACUUCCCAGUGACCUGGUUCACAGAGAAGAUUGAGAUAUGUGAGGACAACCAGUUGCUUUGCCAAGAAACAGUAAUAAUGAUCAAAUCAGGAUCCAGGAUAGCUAUUUUGGCUACUAAAGGCUGUGUCUCUGAAGGAUCCAAAGCUGUGACUUACAUCCAGAACUCAGAAUUCCCCGGCCUGAUUGUAGUCUCCUACAGCAACUACUGCGACAUUUCCCUGUGCAACGACAUAAAGUACUUAUCACGGAUUUGGAAACCACGAGAGGAGAUCCCAGUGUUCAAUACGUCCACCAGCAUCCACUGCCCCACCUGUGUGGCUCUGGGAUCCUGUUUCAAUGUUUCCUCUCUGCCUUGUCCCCGCGGUAUAAAUGGAUGCUACGCAGGGAGAAUCAUGUUCUCAGGAGAAGGCAUUGACUCGCCUGUGGAGGUCAAAGGCUGUUCAAGCAUGACCCAUUGCGAGCUGAUGAAUGGAUUCUCCAUGAUAGGACCCCUCUCUGUGUCGGAAGUGUGCCCGCGUCCCUCUUUCCUGCAACGAAGGGCUGAAAGCAGGGCGCCCUGGCCGUGCCUGCCAGGACGGGGUUUACAGCUGCUGACUCCGUUGCUGGGGCCGCUGGCCCACCUGCUCUGA